CAAUUCCUCAUAAAACACUUUUCCCUUCUUUCUCUCCCAAAACCUUCGUCCCUUCUCUCUCACUAAAAACCCUAGUUCAUUCUCACUUUUGACCAACACCCAACAAAUUGUACAAACCAGCAGCUUCAGCCAUAAAGUCAUUUACGAGAAUAGGCUCUCCACCAUCAACAUUCCUCUCUCCACCGUCUGUUCAGCAGUCUCAGAUUCGGUCACACCACGCGCGUCUUCCUCUCCAACAGAUCUGGCCGCAAUACUGCCUCCGACGACUCAAUCGCUCCGGCCAGCCAUCACCCCAUUUGGAUCCACGUCUUCCUCUCCAACUCUGUGCUUUAGAGUGUUGUUCAUUCAAGCAAGAGCCACCACCAUCUUCGUUAAAUCUUCACAGUGCAUCUUCGUUUCCACGCCCUUCUUCCAGCUGUCAAGCCUCACCCUUUUCUUUGGAAAGCGAGAAGUUCGAGAAGCUCAUGAGAACAUCAAACCCUAACAACCAAAAUGUGAAAAUCUUUUGGGAUUAUAGACACAGUGAAGGUACUGGUUCUGAACUAGAUGUCAAAGGAUCAAACAUUGAUUCACACAUGUUUGGUGGAGCUGAGGUGUUUAAUGCUGAUGGAAAGCCUCCAGUUGAGACUGAAGCAUUGCACGAUCUGAGUUGGAGGUCUGAUUCGGUGUUUCACAUAGCGUCGGUAUUACCUGAUAUGACUAGUUUGUUGGAUAAUGCAUAAAAGCUGAAUGAAACAUUUUGUAUUUAAAAGGCUUAGUUAAUCUAGACUAUGAGGUAUCUGUUGUUGUUAAGUGCUUGAAACUUGGAGUAGCGGACUAUCUAGUAAAGCCUUUACGUACAAAUGAGCUAUUAAAUUUGUGGACGCACAUGUGGAGAAGGAGACACAUGGUUUGUAUUGUUCAACUUCAUAUCUGUUGAUCUUCAUAAUUUUUAUGGUUCGUUCAUCCUAUUAUUAGUUUCCCACCAACUUACUAUAAACUUUGAGCAAUAUGAAAUGGAUGCGAAGACUAAACCUAUGUGGAUUUACACUUUUGUUUCCCCAUCAAAGCAAUUGUAUUUUGAAAAUUAAAUGUGUGCUUUCAGUUUUCAUUUUCAUUUUUUUUGUUUCUUCUUUUUACUUUCUAAUUAAAGAAGUGUUUACUUUUGUUCACUCUGUUUUCUAUAACUAGUGCUUCAUAUUGUUUUCACUUUUUCCUGUACAAAUCUUCUAAAACAGGUAAUGAGUUGGUAAUUUUGCAACUAAUAGUAAAACAAAAUCAGAGUUGCCUAAAUUUAAAAGCAAGAGUUUGAAUUACAUUUGAAAGCUCUUUGUUUACAUGUAUAUGAUAUUUAUAUUUAUGACAUUUUUUUAUGCACUUAAAUGAGUAAAAAAUAUGAUCAAGAUACCUCAUUAUGCUUUCUUUACUUACCACAACCAUUUGGCUAAUCUUGUAUGGAGUGAUAGGAAAUGUUUAAAUCAAAGAUCAAGAUACCUCAUAUGUGAAAACCAAAAUAUAAACUUUAUGUCUAUUACUCAUUUGGCUAAUCUUGAAUUAACUGUGUUUAUGUUUCAAGAUGAAGUUAUUUAUAUUGAUUGAGUUUUGAAAUUUGUGUUUU